GAGCUACCUUUGUCUCGGAAGUUCAAAGAGAUUAUCCUUGACCUGCAAAUUAACCGUUAAGGCUCACAUUUGCAUUCAUAAAUAGAAUGGGAGAUACCGAACCUGCUGUUUCUCAAACAUCAACUGUCACUGAGUACCCUUCCAUGGACUAUGCUCCCAAUGACCACUGUGUGGUCGAUUCAACUUCUAUUCCUCAUGGCGGUGCUCAUGCUAUUACUGGUGAUUCAACUUUGUCAGUUAUGCUGCCGGGUGUAGAUAGUGCCUUGCCAGAUGGUUCUAGGUUAGGUGAUGCGAAUGCGGACAAUAUGGAUCCGAAUCUAGCGACAAAAGAAGCUCCCUCUGGCUUGACAAUGGAUGAUGUUAAUCCGUCUGUUGGAGCAGCUGAUGCCAGCAAGAAUGGCAAUGAUAUUAAUGAUGCCAGUCAGGGAAGUGCAGUAGUGGACUCAACUCAAGUCAUUGGUUAUGAUUCUACAAAUGGCAAUGGUGUCAGUGAAGUAAAGAAUUUCACACCGGCAGGAAAUGCAGAGAAUGGAAGCGUUUCAAAUGAGGUUGGGGGAGCAGUUGUCGUUGUCGAGCAACAGUUUGCAGAGGGUCCUGCAAUCUCUACCGAAGAAGAUCGGUUGUGGAGUAUUGUGAGGGUUAAUAGUUUGGACUUCAAUGCUUGGACUGCGCUCAUUCAAGAGACAGAGAAGGUGGCAGAGGACAACAUAUUAAAAAUCCGGAAAGUAUACGAUGCAUUUUUAGUAGAGUUCCCCCUGUGUUAUGGGUAUUGGAAGAAGUAUGCGGAUAAUGAGGCACGUUUGGGUGCUGUUGACAAAGUUGUGGAGGUGUACGAGCGAGCAGUUCAAUCUGUGACCUAUUCUGUGGACAUUUGGUUGCACUAUUGCAUGUUUGCUAUUUUAACAUAUGGAGAUCCAGAUACUGUUCGGAGGCUGUUUGAACGAGGAUUGGCAUAUGUUGGAACUGAUUACUUAUCCUAUCCUCUCUGGGAUAAAUAUAUUGAAUAUGAAUAUUCACAGCAAGAGUGGAGUCACUUGGCCAUGAUCUACACAAGGAUAUUGGAGAAUCCUAUUCAACAACUUGAUCGCUAUUUUAACAGCUUCAAGGAGUUGGCUGGAAGUCGGCCUUUAUCAGAAAUUCGGACUGCUGAGGAAGCUGCCGUGGUAGCUGCAAGCCUAGAGACUGUUGGUGAAGGAGAUCAAGGCGAGGUUCAGCCUGAUGGUGUGGAACAAUCUCCCAAACCUGUAAGUGCAGGCUUAACAGAAGCAGAGGAGUUGGAGAAGUAUGUCGCCAUUAGGGAAGAGAUGUAUAAGACAGCUAAAGAGUUCGAUUCUAAGAUCAUUGAUUUUGAAACAGCUAUUAGGAGGCCUUACUUCCAUGUAAGGCCCCUCGAUGAUGCACAGCUCAACAAUUGGCACAGCUAUCUGGAUUUCAUUGAAGGAGGAGAUGACUUUAACAAGGUUGUCAAGUUAUAUGAAAGAUGUCUAAUCGCUUGCGCCAAUUAUCCUGAAUACUGGAUCCGAUAUGUAUUAUGCAUGGAAGCCAGUGGAAGCAUGGAGCUUGCGAAUAAUGCUCUUGCUCGUGCUACCCAAGUCUUUGUUAAGAGACAACCAGAGAUUCACCUUUUUGCUGCUAGAUUCAAAGAGCAAAAUGGGGAUAUUCCAGGAACUCGUGCCGAGUAUCAGCUGGUUUCUUCUGAACUUGCACCUGGUUUGCUAGAAGCCAUAAUCAAGCAUGCAAAUCUGGAACAUCGACUGGGGAACACAGAAGCCGCAUUUUCUGUAUAUGAAGAGGCCAUUGCUGUGGAAAGAGGAAAAGAGCAGUCUCUGGUAUUACCAACACUCUUGAUCCAGUACUCCCGAUUUCUGUAUUUGGUUGCUGGCAAUGCAGAAAAAGCGAGGGAGAUUCUAGCUGGUGCAUUUGAGCAUGUGCAACUUUCAAAGCUGCUUUUAGAGGCUAUUAUACAUCUAGAGUCAAUUCAGUCAUUUCCAAAGCGUGUCGAUUACUUGGAUUCACUGGUGGAUAAAUUCGUAACACCAAACCUUGAUAAUGCUUCUAUGACCAGUGUCACUGAGAGGGAAGAGUUGUCUAGCAUAUUUUUGGAGUUUUUGGAUUUCUUUGGAGAUGCACAGUCGAUCAAGAAGGCCGAAAAUCGGCAUGCUAAGCUAUUUUUGCACCAGAAGAGCACAUCGGAGUCCAGAAAACGGCAUGCUGAAGAUUUUCUGGCUUCAGACAGGGCAAAACAAGCAAAGUCUUAUGCAGGCAUUCCAACUCAAUCGGUGAUGGGCGCCUACCCAAAUGCGCAGAACCAGUGGGGUGCAGCUUAUGGACAACCUCAAGCUUGGCCACAGGCUCCCCAAACACAGGGACAACAGUGGAAUCCUGGCUAUGCUCAACAGGCUGGGUACAGUGGAUAUGCUGGUUACAGCAGCUACCCGCAGGUGCCAACAUCUGCUCCACAAGCUGCUGCUUAUGGUGCUUAUCCUCAAGCGUAUCCUCCCGUACAGCAGGCCUUCCCACAGCCGGCCCAGGCUUUUGCACCAGCACAGCAACAGACUGCAGUCACCCAACAGAAUUACUAUGGCAGUUACUAUUGAGCCUCCCACGAUUACCAUUACCAAUUUUGCUUAACUGUAAACUAGGUUUUCUUCUUCACAGCGGCUAGUGCUAUUUUGGACUUCCAGUGUAGUUUAAGCUGAGGUGAAGUGCUUUUGAGUUGUACUGAAUUGAGAGAGAGAGAGAGAGAGAGAGAGAGAGAGAGAGAGAGAGAGAGACUCAAUUGUGUUUUCUGGAAUAGAAUUUGUAUUUUAAGGCUCUCUUUUAAGGAAACAUGCAUUACGUGUGAA